UUAAUCCCCCAUGAUCGUACAGUUCAGCUUCUAGAUCCUGGUAUCUCCGAUACCGGAUCAAACUUGAAUGAACCCAACAGCGAGGAGUCACCAGGAUCGCCGGACUUCAAACAACUCUGGAAAUCUCAUUCCGAGGGAUCAGUUUCAUGCAUCGCCAUGGAUAUAUUUCAUGACGGUAGCGUGUAUCUCAUUGACGCGCCCGGCCAUUUACCCGGUCACACCAAUCUUCUCGCUAGGACUGAUAUGGGCUCCAUCUACCUAGCCGGUGAUGCGUGCCAUGAUAGGGGUAUUCUCCGCAAGGAGCGAGGAAUUAGCCAGUGGCAAGAUUCCACUGGCCAUAUGUGUUGCAUCCAUGCAGACCCCAAGAGGACUGAGGAAACACUUGAACUCCUCGGGGCAUUUGAGCGGCAGGGAGUUGAGGUAAUUUUGGGCCAUGACGUGGAUUGGGAAAUGGAUCCGGUGAAUGCACAUAGAUUCUGGGGACACGCAGAAAGUGAAGGACGAUCCAAGGGUCAAGAUAAUAAAGCUCAUUCUCGUCAAUCAGAGCUCUGA